AUGUUCCUGAGGCACUGUCUUCGAACGUUCUCUGACUCUAGCAUUCGUCUUCUGCUAAAGAACAACGUUACGGCAUCGAGUUUCGUAAACUACAAAAGCGUUGCAUCCUUGUCAACGUCCAAGCUUGCCCUGAAGGGCGAAAAGGUCAAGGUCACGUUCGUCCUGAACGACGGCAAGCGCCUGCAGACUGAGGCUAACGUGGGCGACUCGCUGCUCGACGUGGUGGUGAACAACGACCUGAACAUCGAGGGGUUCGGCGCCUGCGAGGGCACCGUCACCUGCUCCACCUGCCACGUGAUCCUCAAGCCCGAGGACUUCGACAGGCUUCCAGAAGAGGCGAGCGACGAGGAACGCGACAUGCUGGACCUGGCCUACGGGCUGACGGACACAUCACGACUGGGCUGCCAGAUAGUCCUCACGAAAGAGCUGGACGGCCUGGAGGUGAGGGUCCCGGAGACGAUAAACGACGCGCGGAGC